GCACCGAACAGUUAGAGACGCGCGGGCAUGUUCAUCUUCCUGAGCAAGAAGAUAGCGAUUCCGAAUGGCGCUCAGUUAUGCUGCUCGUCGUGGAACCCAGAGCAAGGUUGGAUUGCAUGUGGGGGGCAGAACGGGUUGCUGAAAGUACUGAAGCUCGAAUCGGCGCCGACGAAAGACGGGAAAGGCCCUCGUGGGAUUGCGGCGCAGAGCAACUUAACCAUGAAUCAGUCACUCGACGGCCAUGCUGGGUCGGUCGUGUGCGCCACAUGGAACGCCAACUACAAGAAACUCACGACAUCCGACGAAAACGGACUUAUCAUCGUGUGGAUGAUGCAUCGCGGUAUGUGGUACGAAGAAAUGAUCAACAACCGCAACAAAAGCGUCGUCAAAGACAUGAAGUGGAGCAGCGACGGGCAGAAAAUUUGCAUCGCGUACGAAGAUGGCGCGGUGAUCGUCGGUUCCGUGGACGGGAAUCGGUUGUGGGGAAAGGAGAUGAAGGUCGAAUUGUGUUUUGUUGAGUGGUCUCCCGACGGCAAACAUCUCGUGUUCGUCACCAAGGAUGGCGACGUGAGCAUCCACGACGGAUCUGGCAAUAAACUGAGCAACAUGACGCUAUACGCUGUCGACGAGAAAGACAAAAAGUACAAGAUUAUUGGGCUGCACUGGUAUGAUGGGUGUGAGGGGCAUGUGAGCGAUGACGCACCGACACUCGCGAUUGCAUUUGCCGAUGGCAAGGUCCAGAUCACCCGAGGACGAUACGACGACAGCGCAGUCCUGAUUGACACGGGGGUCGAGCUGUCGCAAGUUAAGUGGAACUGCGAUGGCACUGUGCUGGCGCUUGCGGGGACGCAGACAAGCCGAGGAUCGUCCGGAGAAAGCCGAGAGUUCAACAUUGUUCAGUUCUACGAUCCGUUUGGCCGGUACCUUCGAUCGCUCAAAGUACCGGGUAGCAAGAUCGAAGCGCUAGCGUGGGAAGGCACGGGACUGCGCAUCUGCCUCGCCGUCGACUCGCACAUUUACUUUGCCAACAUCCGACCGGACUAUAAGUGGGGGUACUACAGCUCCACGCUCGUCUACUCGUACAACCGACCCGACCAAGUUGAGAAUUGCGUUGUAUUCUGGGACACACGGUCCGACGAGCGCUACAUCAAGUACGUCAAGUCGCUGGUCGCGAUCAAGGCCGCGGGGGACAAUGCCGUCCUCGUGUCCAGGAUCAUCAACGACCAGCACCAGCAAUUGAGUGAUGACGACGCGCCGCCUCUGCCAGCCAAACAGUUCUCCCUUGUGCUGUGCGACACGAUUGGGAGCCCCGUGGAAUCGAAGCUGAUCGAUUUUGAGGUGCUUUUCUUGACCAUGACCCCUCGCCACAUUAUCGCCGCUUCGACCGACGCUAUCUACGUGUGGCAGUAUCGAACGACCGUGUCAAAACUGUCGAGCGACAACGGCAGCACCAGUAGCACCCUUCCUACCACGCGGGGCGGUCGCGAACGAAUCUUCUACGUGGAUGAAUCGCAAGGCAACGAUGUCGAGUCGUUUCGGUACGUGGAGCGGCAACUGGACGACCCGAUUUGCGCGAUUUGUGCCUCCGAGUCGUGGCUAGUGGUGGGGCGUGCCAGCGGUAUGGUCCACUGCUUUACUCUUCCGCACAUUUCCCUCGAGAUGAAGUACAUCGUCCCAUGUCGACCGCAAAUUCUCUCGUUGAACUCCAACUCGUCGCAGAUGGCAAUUGUCGACAUCAAUGGCGUUCUGACUAUCAUGGAGCUUGGACCAUCCACGGGCAACCAGAACCCCGUCGACGCCAAGAUGUUGGCGUUUGAGAAGAAGGACGUGUGGGAUGUCAUGUGGGCUGACGACAACCCAGAGCUGUUUGUCAUGAUGGAGAAGGCGCGCAUGUACGUAUAUCGAGGGCUGGAGCCCGAGGAGCCUGUGCUUUCGUCGGGGUACUUGUGCUCAUAUAAGGACCUACAAGUGAAAGCUGCCCUCUUGGACGAUAUCCUUGCCAGCCCGGAACAAACUGACAAGAGUUUGGUCCUCGACUACGAGACGCGUUCCCUUCGCGAUGCCCGCGAGCUGCUGGAAAAUGUUAGCCUCGCCGAUGCAUGCGACUACAUCCAGGAUCACUCGCACCCCCGUUUGUGGCGAUUGCUGGCUGAUGCAGCGCUCGAGCAAUUGGAUUUUCCGAUGGCCGAGCGCGGGUUUGUCAAGUGCGGCGACUACAACGGCAUUCAAUACGUCAAGCGCCUCCAGGUCCUCAACGACCGUGUCAAGCAAAAAGCCGAAGUCGCGGCGUACUUUCAACGGUUUGACGACGCUGAAGCACUGUACCGAAAAAUUGACCGAAAGGACCUCGCGAUCGAACUGCGCAAGCGACUCGGCGACUGGUUCCGCGUCGUCCAGCUUGUUCAAUCGGGCGGAGGCGACGACAUCUUGCUCAAUCAUGCGUGGAACAUGAUCGGCGAAUACUAUGCCGACCGACACAAGUGGGAAAAGGCGAUCAAGUACUACGCGCAAGCCAACAACGUCCCGGCGCUCGUGCAGUGCUACUACACGUUGGGCGAUUUCACAACGCUGGACACACUCGUAAACGAUCUGCCCGAGGGGUCGCCACUACUAGAGGAAAUGGCUCGCAAGUUUACGCGAGCAGGUCUGUGCAACAGCGCUGUGAAUGCAUAUUUGAAAAUGGGCGACAUCAAGUCCGCUAUCGACAGCUGCGUCGUCUUGAACGAGUGGGAGCGUGCCGUGACCUUGGCGGAAACCCACCACUUUCCCCAAAUCGAGAGCGUUCUGGCCAAGUAUGGCACGCACUGGAUGCGAAAUGGCAAAACGGCGCAAGCCAUCGAGCUCUUUCGCCGGGCCAACAAGAGCAUGGACGCUGCCAAACUCCUUGGAAAACUCGCCAAGGACGUGAGCAAGAACCCGCUUCGAGCGAAAAAGCUGCAGGUCUUGGCGGCGUUGGAAGUGGAGCGAUUCCGUCGCAAAAUGCUGGACACAUCCAUGAUGACAACAAAGGCAGGCAGCACGGUCGGCGGCGCCACCACGGCGGCCCAAGUAACCGCACAGACGCUAGAGAGUUUAGUGGCUCAUGAUGCAGCGACAAGUGAGAGUCGAUCGCUGGACAAUGCUUGGCGAGGUGCUGAAGCGUAUCACUUGUGUCUGUUGGCCCAUCGCCAGCUCUAUCGCGGACAGCCCGAACGCGCGCUGCGCACGAGCUUAAAACUGGCCAGCUAUGAUGACAUUGUGGACGAGCGUGAAGUGUACUCGCUCAUCGGGGUGGCUGCGUACUACACCAAACACUUUGAGCAGUGCAGUCGCGCAUGCAACCACCUGGAAACGGUGCUCGUGGAAAAGGACAAGGCCGCGUUGGAUGCGCUGACCCUCCAAAUCUUUUCAACGACGCGGCCGUUCGACCCGCCGAGUCGCCCAUACGACUGCCCAAGCUGCAAGCACCCUGUCAAGGAGUGGGCGACCAAGUGCGACAGCUGCGGCCGCGCGUUCCAAACUUGCAUGAUGAGCGGGGCCACAAUCUUGGACCACCGCACGUACAUGUGCAAAACAUGUCGCCAUUCGUGCAUCGAGCACGAAAUCCGCGACGUCGCCAACUGCCCCCUUUGCCACACUCCGCUGAAAUAG